AUGGCAAAGGUAGUCAAUGGGAUGAGUGUGCCACAAUUGUCGGAAAAUAUCAAUUAUGAUAAUUGGUCUUUGCAGAUUGAGGUUCUUCUUGAAUCCCAAGACGUAUGGGACAUAGUGGAAGACAGGUACAAUGAACCCGCGAAUGACGAGCAUCAGUCAGUGAACCAGGUUGCUGCAUUGAAAAAGACACGAGUGAAAGACAGAUCGGCUUUGUACUUUCUGUAUAAUGUAGUGGAUGAAUCUGGAUUUGAGAAAAUAGUUAAUGCAAAGUCGGCAAAAGAAGCAUGGGAAAUUCUGAAGGUGGCAUACAAAGGAGAUACCCGCGUGAAGCAAGUCCGAGUACAAGUUCUCAGAAGAGAGUUUGAACAUAUGGAGAUGGAUGAAAAUGAGGGAGUUUCCGAGUUUAUAACUCGAGUACAGAAGAUGGCCAACCAACUCGGAAUGAACGGAGAAGAGGUUCCUCCUAACCAGGUUGCAGAAAAGAUCUUGAGAAAUCUGAUGGAUGAUUUUGAAAGUAUCGUGGUCACUAUUGAAGAGACAAAGGAUUUGUCAACUCUCACUAUGGAGGAGUUAGCUGGGUCAUUAAAAGCCCACGAAUUGAGGAAGAAAAAGAAAAAGAGGGAACCCGACAAUCAAACACUACAGGUACGGUUUAAUUGGAAUAAAUCUCAGAUUACUCAGAGCCGAGGUCCUGGUGGAAGAGGGCGAGGAGGCCGAGGACGAGGUGGACGUGGUCGAGGUAAUGAUAAUGAAGAUCAAACCGGUCAGCAGAAUUGGCAUGACCGAGGACAAGGAAAAGACCGAGGAGAUCGGUCAAGGGCGGAGUGUUUUAGAUGUGGCAAGUACGACAACCAUACAAACGAUUGUAUGUCAACAAAGUGCUACGACUGUGGCAAGUUUGGUCAUAUUGCAAGGUAUUGCGAGACCGAGACAAAGGGGGAGACAAAUCUUGUUACUAAUGAUGGUGAAGAAGAGUGUGGAAUCCUGUUGAUGGCAAAGAGCUCAGAUGUAGUGGACAUGGAAAGCCCGAUCCCAACAAUGGAUGAAGUGAUCUCGGUAAAGGAUGCAACAAUUGUGGAGAAGGAAAACCUGGAGAAAGAACUCAAAGGAAAAGAUGAAGAGAUUCGGCGAAUAGGGAGGCUUCUAGAUGAAACUAAUGAAAUUAUGAAUAAACAAAAGGUUGAGCUUGAGGAGCUGAAGAAGCGAAUCAGUGCACUGAGCGCCUGGUUGUGGUCUGGGGUCACUACUAGAUUUAUUCGAAUAGCAAAGGGGUGUGCUCUACGAGUGUUUGGGGGGUCUAGACCAAUAUCUAGACUUUCGCCUAGCGAUUUGGAGCGCUAUGUGAGGGGUUAA